GGGAGAUUGUGAGUUGCUGUUGGGCUUCUCUGACCCUGCCAGAGGGAAUCCCUGGAUUGGCAGAGACCCAUGUCUAGUGUCCUAUAGUAUAGAACGAUGUGCCAAACUCUGUGAUGGGGUGGCAUGUGGAUGCUGGAAGGAUUUAAUACCAAGCACCAUGGACUCCUGUGCCCCACUUGGUUUGAAGGGUAAAAGCAGGUGUGGGGGAAGCGUUGAAUGAUGGAUAUGGUACAGGUGGUCCUGGGAACUGAAGUUCACACACCUUCUCUUAUUCUGUGGGUACUGUGUCAGCUCCCAAGAUGUUCCUCUGAUCCUAGAAAGGGAGAAAGGUCCCUAAAAAAUAUAAUUGAAAUUAAAUUUCCAUUAAGUGAGACCUUGGGAUCCAGAUUUAAUUUGAUUUAGAAGAAAUAUAGUAAUGUUAUGUCCCUUGUACUCAACUUGCAUCAAUUAUGGAGCAAAUAUAUUCCCACUGGAAAUAAAAUCAGGUCAAGAUCCUUAGGGAACACAUAUUGAGGGAGAGAUGGCUGGAUUCUGGAGGGUGAUUAGGUGUUUGUUAGUACAAAGAACCCCACUGGUGGGAAUUGGUAUGAGAGAGGGGCCAUCUAGAAAUCACCUGUUUCCUUCCCUUGCCUAAAAUUUUCCAGUGGGAUGAGAUCAUAUCUUCUUUAAGGAGUUUGGGGAAUGUGAGGCCAUUAUUUGCUUGGCAUUGUUAUGGGGUCCUUAAUUCUCAACUGUGUUUAUAGGAUUACCGUGUUUGACUAAGAGCCCUGCCUGUGACUUCCUCUGAGCACAAAACAGGCUUUGGUUAAAACUACUCAACAUCAUGGUCCUCAAAAACCAUCCUCUGAGAGUUUACAGAACACUCUGUAAUUUUGAAGGAAAUUAUUUCUCUUGACAUCUCUUUUAGAAACUCAUUUUGUUCACCUGUCUUAUAGGUGAGAAAACUGGUUAAAGAAGAAAUACUGAGCCUAGACAGGUUCCCCGGCAAUUUGUUUCUGGAAAAAUCUUAGGAGCAGAGUUAUUAUACUUGAUUGAUUUUCUAGACUUGGAUAGAACUAUCAAUCUGUUGUUGGAAAAGUUGGGUAUUGGAGUCAAAUUGAUUCAGAUUUAAAUUCUGAUUUUGCUUUGCCUCCAGUUACCUGGUGACUUUGUACUUAACCCUGAAAACCUUAAUUUUUCCUCUUCAGGAUAGGAAUAACCCAUCUCAUAAAGUUAAGAAAAAAUAGGGACAUAUUGGGUAUCUCCUCGGUAGCAGGAAGAUGGUUCUGGUUCCUGCUAUCCUUUGUUUGAAGAGACAAGGAAAUAAACAGCUAAAAAAAAGUAUACAAGAUGCCAUUGGGUAUGACAUAAUCAUAUAAGGUAAAGAAUGAUAAAGAAUGACAGUGAGAUCCCCUUGAUAAGGGUAGACAGAGAAGGUUCUCUGGCUAGAAAGGACCAGCCAAAGACAUGAUACAUACAAAGGCUGGGAGGUGGGACCAGCUCACAUGUUUGAGGAGUGGGAAGAAGGACCAGUGUGUCUGUAGUUGCUGAGCUGCGGCAUGACUAGGAAAUAAAAUAGCAGGGCCCCAUCAUCUCAGGUCUUAGAGGCAAGGGAAGGGCAAUUUUUAUUUUAGGGGUAAUGGGAAACUGCUGGAGGCUUUAAGCAAAUAAGUCACUGAGUCAGUUUUACAUUUUUAGGAGAACAUUCUGGGCAUGGUGUGAAGGAUGGAGGCACAGGGACCAGUUAGAAGGUAUGACAGUGUCUGGGAGAGAAGAGGGGAACUUCCGGCUAGAGUGGUGAUGUGGGAUGGUGAGAAGUACAAAGAUUCAGGGUAUGUUUUGGUAGUAGAGCCAACAGAACAUGCUGAUGGAUGGGAAGUGGGGGGUGAGAGAAAGGGAGAAUUGGAGGAUUAUUUUAGGAGUUUGGAAGGUGGUGUCAUUUCCUGAGACUGGAAAGCCUUAGGGUGAGCGGAUUUGGGGUGGAGAAAUAGAGAUUGAGAAUUCUGUGUUGGGCAGCUUGAGUUGGAGAUACCUGUUGCAUAAGUCAGGGGGGCAACUGGAUAUUUCCAUCUAGAGCUCGGGGGGUGGGGGAGAGUCAUGGAAUUUGAGUCAUAGCAUGUAGGUGGCAGCUACAGCUAUGAUGUUUGGUAAGAUAAUCUAGAGAGAGGGACAGAGAAGAGAGAAGGGCCCCAGACGUAGUCCUGAGCACUAAAAUUUAGGGAUUGGACCAAGCAAGAUGAACUAGGAAAAAUAAUUGAGAAGGAGCUCUCACUGAGGUUGGAGGAGAAUUGGUCAUCUGAUGUCACAGAAGACGAGAAAAGAAUCAUAUCACUGACUAUGGACACACCAUAGAUACUCAACGAGUGUUAGUCUUCCCUUUAAUGGAAAUAGUAUUACUCAUUCAUUGUAGAUCUUUCAAAGGAUAGAAUAUUACCUUUCAUCCCAGCAUAAAUUCAAUUUGCAAUAGCAUUUUUUCCCCUUUCAUAUGCCUUUCAAGGUUGAAAUAUAGUGCCCUGAAGAGCUGUGGGUUGGUCACCUCUCUUCAAAAGCAUACAUUAUACCAGGCUGCAAAUCCACCAAGGCAAGAUUUCUCCUUUUCCACCCCUCAAGAAGACCAGUGUGCUCAUGAUUAUGGAGGCCCCGCUGUCGUCUCUGUGACAGAGCGAUGCUGACCUCGGUUUCCUGGACCCAUUCCGACUCAGGAGCCUUCACGUAAAUGGGUCCAGUCAUGCCUCCCAGUAAGAAGCCAGAAAGCUCAGGAAUCAGUGUCUCCAGUGGACUGAGUCAGUGUUACCGAGGCAGCAGCUUCUCCAAGGCCCUUCAGGAAGACGAUGACCUCGACUUUUCUUUGCCCGACAUCAAAUUAGAAGAGGGGGCCAUGGAAGAUGAAGAGCUGACCAACCUGAACUGGCUGCACGAGAGCAAGAACUUGCUGAAGAGCUUCGGGGAGUCUGUCCUCAGGAGUGUCAGCCCUGUCCAGGACCUGGACGAUGACACCCCCCCAUCACCUGCCCACUCUGACAUGCCCUAUGAUGCCAGGCAGAACCCCAACUGCAAACCCCCAUACUCCUUUAGCUGCCUCAUAUUUAUGGCCAUCGAAGACUCUCCAAGCAAGCGUCUGCCAGUAAAGGAUAUCUACAACUGGAUCUUGGGACAUUUUCCGUAUUUUGCAAAUGCACCUACUGGGUGGAAAAACUCAGUGAGACAUAAUUUGUCACUGAAUAAGUGUUUUAAGAAAGUGGACAAAGAGAGGAGUCAGAGUAUUGGGAAAGGGUCCUUGUGGUGCAUAGACCCAGAGUAUAGACAAAAUCUAAUUCAGGCUUUGAAAAAGACACCUUAUCACCCACACCCACACGUGUCCAAUACAUCUCCCACCUCUCCUCAGGCAUAUCAAAGCACAUCAGGUCCACCCAUCUGGCCGGGCAGUACCUUCUUCAAGAGAAACGGAGCCCUUCUUCAAGAUCCUGACAUUGAUGCUGCCAGUGCCAUGAUGCUUUUGAAUACUCCCCCUGAGAUACAAGCAGGUUUUCCUCCAGGAGUGAUACAGAACGGGGCACGAGUUCUGAGCCGAGGCCUGUUUCCUGGUGUCCGGCCACUGCCCAUCACACCCAUCGGGAUGACGGCAGCUAUGAGAAAUGGCAUCACCAGCUGCCGCAUGCGGACUGAGAGUGAGCCAUCGUGUGGCUCCCCAGUGGUCAGCGGAGACCCCAAGGAGGAUCACAACUAUAGCAGUGCCAAGUCCUCCAAUGCCCGGAGCACCUCCCCCGCCAGCGACUCCGUGUCCUCUUCUUCCUCCUCCUCCUCCUCCUCGGCCGACGACCACUACGAGUUUGCCACAAAAGGGAGCCAGGAGGGCAGCGAAGGCAGUGAGGGCAGCUUCCAGAGCCAUGAGAGCCACAGUGAGACGGAAGAGGACGACAGGAAACACAGCCAGAAGGAGCCCAAGGAUGCUCUGGGGGACAGUGGCUAUGCAUCCCAGCACAAGAAGCGCCAGCACUUCGCCAAGGCCAGGAAGGUCCCCAGCGACACCCUGCCCCUCAAAAAGAGACGCACCGAAAAGCCCCCCGAGAGUGAUGAUGAGGAGAUGAAAGAAGCAGCCGGGUCGCUCCUGCACUUAGCAGGGAUCCGGUCCUGUUUGAAUAACAUCACCAAUCGGACGGCAAAGGGGCAGAAAGAGCAAAAGGAAACCACAAAAAAUUAAAAACAAGUCACUGAUUUGUUUUGAACUUAACGGCCAUUUGGUUUCAGCAUGUCAGGAGAUUUCUAAUGAUUUGUGGCAAUAUCAGCAAUUUUUUUUUUCUUUUUGUUCCUUUUUUUGUUUUGUUUUUGGUUUGGUUUUCUUUCUUUUCUUUUCCUUUUUAUUUUGUUCUGUUUUUAAUUUGCCCCCCUCUCCUUUGUUUUGGACCCUUAAGAAUUUUAUUUUUAAAGGAGAUUGAAGCCAUAGAACUCAUAUUGACACUCAGCUGUUUUACAAAAGCUUUUCAUUAUCCGAAGACAUAACCGAAAAAGCCAAAAUUGCCAUUGCUUCCUCCAGCUUGUCAGAAACAGGUGGCUGAAUCCACAGGGAUGUCAACGUUAAUGCCACAGGAAUACACACUCAGCACCUAGAAGGCACGCGUGCAGAGUCAUCAUCGCUCAGGCCCAACCCUUAGGUUUAAAAAGUCAGGAUGUCCUCCACCCAGGUGGGUUCACUGAGUGAAGGCACAUAAAGAGAUGGGCAGAAGGAAGAACCCCUCGGCCCCCCUGGAGCAGAGCCAAGCUCGUGGCACCAGGCAUCCAGUUAUGCCAGGAAAACCCUUGGCAUUGUCACAGCGAGCACGGGGACCGGCCACCAGUCCUCUGUGCUUCUUACUGCUGAAGCCUGGUAUCGUCUUAGGAGGUGGCGCUGGACCAUCCGUAUGCAUCAGGUGUCAGUGACUAAUGAGAAGAAACGGGGUAAAUUUUUAGUGAUGUUGCUAAUCAUUGGAUUUUGUUCUAUAAAAUCAAGAAAGUGUUCUAAAAGCCAUAAGCCUGAAGGUUGGCCCUGUGCGCUCACACACACACACACACACACACACACACAGAUUCACACGCAGGACCAUGAGAAAACUGAUGCAGAAAAUAAGCUAUGUCUUCUAAACUGCCCAAGUGAAAAGCAACCAGGUCCAGGAAAUCACAGUAGCUGUUAAGGAAGGAAAUAAUGGUAUAGAUCUUUUUCUGUCUUUCAAAACUAUUCGAUCCAAGUGGGAAAGAAACAGAAAGCUAUGGAACCUGUCCUUAGUAUUAUGGUAUAUUUUUUAAAGAUUAAAGGCACAUAGAUGGACAAAAAAAAGAAUAAAAGGUAAAACAUGGCAAAAAAAAUAAUAGAACUCCUAUACUGCCCUCAACAUGGAGUUUGCAAUUAAUAUUAGGAGUCAUCUUUGCAAAAAUCAUUGAUUUCCACAUUCAGCCAGUGUAGCCAGCAGAAAUUUCUGAUCCACAACGCAUGGAUUCCUUUGAAGAGAAAAAAAGAAAAAGAAAAAAAAUCACAAAAACAAACUUUUUUAUUCAAAAAAAUAACAAAGUUCUUGUAAGGUAAAUAAUGUAUUUAGCAUGAAGCAUGAAUUAUUUUCAUAUAAAUAUAGAAAAUAGAGAAAAGGCUAUGCCUCUAAUUUUUAAGCCCCUUAGGCUUAGAGGUUCUUUUGGUUUUCUUUCUUUUCUUUUUUCUUUCUUUCUUUUUUUGUUUUUGUUUUGUUUUGUUUUGUUUUCCCCCCUUUUCUGGUUUUUUUGUUUUUCAGGUUAUUUUGUUUUGGUUUUUUGAAGCAGGUGUUUAAGGUUUAACCUUCUUCAGGGACAAACUCUGACUGUUGGGGAACUUACUCUGCAAUAUAAAAAUAUCUUCAUGCUCUGGUAGGGCUUGGAUGGUUGAACUCUGUACCGCCUUGCCUGCACUUCAGCCCCGACCCCCUCUGAUUCUCUGUUGAAAAGUGUGUCCUUUCUCUUUGUCUGUACAUGUUUAACAUGACGCAAUAAUUUGAGGGCAAACUUAGUAGUGAGUGUGUAUGAUAGAAUCAAGAGAAUUAUGGGACGCUUACUUGAGAAAAUCAUCACCAUGAUGUGGUUCUAGGGAAGAGGCAGUGAAUAAUUAUGCAAAUUAGCCAGAAGAAGGGGAAGCACGCUAAUGGGCCUUAUUGGGUGAGGGUACGAGAUAGGGUACACUUGAAGGAGGAAGUGACACACAGGUUGGGAAGGCCAGCCCUAGGUAUUUUAUUGCAACAGCGCCAUUUUGCAGUAGGAAGGAGAGGCUGGCCAUUGCUACCACCUCAGCACAGUGACCAACCUGGAAUUAAGACCACCUACAUUUGUGAGAGCUGAAUUUAGACAACCGGAUGAUGUCACACAGGCCAGAAAUUCCUGUUAUCUUUGCCUAAAAAAGGAAAAAAAAAAAAUUCGGGGGGUGGAGAUCCAAAGAGAAAUCUCUGAAAGAAUAUGAUCUUCCAUCCAAAUGGAGGGAAACUUUAAACACAAGCAGAAACACCCACUACCGCGGCUCAGGAUAUGAGGGUGGGAGAAGGGAGGGAACUAAGGUGACCUUGAGUUUUUAAAAAGGGACAGUUGUGGGCCGAAGCCAAGCCCAUCUGCCAGGGUCGGGUACUGUGAGAAGCUCUAUCAGCCCGGACAGUAGGAAUUAACUGGUGCAUUUCCCAUCUGUACCUUCCCUAUGGGUUGCUGAUGAGAGGACUGGAGAAGAAUCUACAUACACCUCUACAACAGGUCUAAUUCAGGACCAGAACCUGAAUCCUUCCAGCAUUUUUGUUCAGGGUAGAGAUGGGAAUGAAGAUGUAUUUUUGCAGUGCUCUUUUCCCCCCAUCUCCUAAACAUCGGACACCCUAUAAAAGCCAUCCACAGCUGUGGGAUCUGAGUGACACCUCGAUUUGUGUUGUCACCUGACUGAGCCCCAAAGACCACCACCUCAGUCCCUCACCUUCACCCCCACCACCAAGCUAAUAAAAUCCAGACUUCUCUCAUGAAAGGCAGAGGUAAACAUCCAGGACAACUUCUGGCAGAGGACUUCUUCCAAUUAAAACCCCCACAGUGGGCUGUCUCCCCUCAUUUCAUUUUCCUAAAGAGGUAAAGUCCUCUUUUAGAAAAUAAUAAAAUGCAAUGUGUGUGAUUUACUUUUCUGAUCUCUUUGAGAAAUAGAGAAAUAUCUUAUAAAAGUGUGUUCUUAACUCCAGAACCACUCUUUUGCAUAAAUACCUCAUCGGGCAGCUUUCUAAGUGUUAUUUUCCUGAGUCUCUCUUGGCACCUUUGUUGGCUCUGCUGGAAGACUUGUUGGGGAACCUUUAGUGAGGGUAAUUUUUUCUAUUUUUCUUCUGUUUUUGGAGGCAUACACAUUAUGCAUAACCAAAACAAUGGCUCAAUUGUGUUUAACUUUGUAUUUUGAUUGUUGAGAAAAAAAAAAGUAUCAAUGUGUAUGUGGCUGUUUGUAGUGAAUUCCUUGCAGAAUGAGGUUGUCCAUGUCCUUAACAAGCCAAGGGGCAGGAGGCACCCUCUCUAAUCCCCUCCUCCAAGAGCAGUAGAGAAUUUAAGCACAAGCCUAUUUGUGAAAGAAUAUUUUGCUUAAGUGUCAUUCACUUUAGUCUUGGAAUUCCUUCCCAAAUGUCAGGUGUUCUUUUAGCUUCCAAAUUAGCAUAUGUCUCCAUUAGUCUUGACAGAUCGCUUGAGCACCAUUAAGGGGUCUGGUGUUUUUGCUUUCAUUUCUCCUGCUGGGAGAAGUGGUGGUUCAUGUGUCAUUCCAGUAUCUCACCUACUCACACGGGGCAGGGGGGAGGGGGAAACGGGAAACUAUAGCAAUAUUUAAAGAUGCUUCGGAAACCAACCGUGAACACAUCUGCACCAUGACAUCUACGAAUACUGGCUAUUGGCCCUCAGACACAUUUAAGAGAAAGAGACUGUCACUCUUUUUUUCUUAAAUGAUAUACCCAUAGAAAGUUAUUUUUAUCCUACUAUAAUUGUCUUUUUAUCUAGUACUAUGUGGAGAGGGUUUGCAUCAUAGAUUUUUCCCAGCCUUAUAAUAUACCAUAAGCUCCUAUCCCCCUUCCCCCUCUCUAAUCGGUAUACUUUUAAGAGUUUUUUGGUAAAACCAUAAAUCUGAAACAAAAACGAACCAAACCCACAUUUAGAUGGUGGUUCGAGAAAACCAUAGCCAAGACAACUGUGGCAGUGUGGCAGGUUUCAAUCUUGUGGCUGAGUUUUUAAGAAGGAAUAUACAGAGGCCUUUCCCAAGAACAGAUUUCUUUUUCUUUUUCUUUUUUUUUUUUUUUUUCCUGGUAGAGGCAUUCAGUAUGUCUAGUGCUUGCUGGCCACAGCAGUUACUACCACGGGCGCCUGGAAGUGGCUAUUGUAUUGAAGGGGGCUCUUGCCUGAGUGACAGUUUCGGGCAGUGGGCUCUGUGGAGUGCAGACCACGUGGGUGGCUUUUGUACCCAGCUCAGAGUCCUGCAGCACCUCAGGACUGCUCAGCACCAAGUGCUACUGACUCAAGUUGCAAUUAUCCCACAGCACAUGUGGGGCAAGGGGGUUUUUAGCCUCUCACGGAAGGGCUCUUUGAGAAGGAAUCAGAGUUUUGUACAAGUGACCUAAAUGGGAGGGUUUUCUCUAUGAGAUUCAAUUUGAUUUGAUGUGAUUUCUCUUUCCCUUUAAACUUUAUUCUGGUUGGGACUUGUUUCUUUCCGGUGGAUCACAGCUGCCCAGAUGUUGCGAUUUUCUUUUUCCGUUUCCGUAGAGAAGUAUUUUUUCUUUCCUCUUGAGGAUUUUUGCCACCAAAAGAAAACAUUGGAACUCUGUGUCCCCUCUUGAUCGUGACUUACCAGUGUUGACAGUUCAGUCCUUGGUGUCGUAGGUCCCAGCCCACCAAUACUAUAUCAAACACUGUUAUGCACAUAAUGCAGCACUGUGAUCUAAUUUAAAUAAUACUUUUUUAUUAUUUAUACUACUAUAUAUAAUAUACAUCAACACUUUUGCUAUAUAACCUAAGUGAUAACCCUCUUUUAGUUACCUGCCAAACUCUGGACUUUGGUUUAUAUUGCAGUUAACACAGUUACAAAGUUGUAAUGGUGUCUUUUUUUUUUUCCUUUGUAAUGGAAUGUGUAGAUCAAAGUAUAUACAUUGUGUGGUGUUCCUGUUUCUGAAGUUUCAUGAGGAUUUACACAUGGCAUUCAGUGUCCUGUAUAGAUCUGCCUCCCUUUGUGACUUCACCUGUUCACCCCUCUGUGAGAGAGCACCAGUGAUGGUGGCGAACUCCUUGUGUUUUCUCUCUCUCCUGCUGGUUAUUCUUGAAUUAAGCACAGACUCGUCAGCUUGGUUGCUUUAUCAUGAAUCGUGUGUGUCACCUUGUCAUUCUUCCACCGUUGCGAACAAGUGCUAGCUUCGCUGACCAAAAAUUAAGGAAGGAAAACACAAUUUUUAAAACAACCCAUCUUUUCACAGCUGAAACCGAUGUGUCUGGUGCUGCAUCUCGCUGUUGUAUUUCUGAAAUCAGACCCACGUGAACGAGCGUUUCUGACUUACCGUGAGAUGCUCACAAGUACCCAUCCUGUUUUCUUAGCAUUGAAAUCAAGACUAUUUGGAAUAUAUACAAAGGUGUUUUUCCGCUGUAUUCGAUUUGCAAGAGUUGAGAACGGCCUUCUCUACCUUUUGCAAAUAAUCGAUGUUCCAUAUUGGAUUCUCAAAGACUUCGAUAUGGUGAACCCAUCAGACCUAGAAAUUGUAUUUCAUCCUUUCUUGACUGUGGCCUGGAUUCCCCAGCCCCUUCCCACCUUUUUCUUUUCUUUUUUUUUUUUUUUAGACGAAACAGCACAGUUUCAGUUAUUUAAACAUGCAGCAUUUCUUGAGUACGUGUGUUGAGCCCAUCUGAGCUCACAGCUGAUUCAGUAACCAGCUUCACGCCGAGUCAUUCACACUCACUACUUAAUACUUAACUGCCAUGGUGAAAUUGUGGAGGAAAAAAUAACCCAUAUGUGUCUGGGAAGCAUAUACACGUGUACAUUUUUUAAUACUCUGAUUCUGUAACAUUUUCUGAGUUUUGUUUUCGUUUUACAGAGAAAAAAACAGUGAUAAAGCAAUCAGAAGACAAGAGGUUUACUAUUGAUGCUUGGGGUCAUCUGACCUUCGCUGGCCAGUAGACCCACGCAGCCAAAUUGAUUUACAAGAGUAGUAAUUUUUCAAAAGCCAAUUUUUUUUUCUGUAUUUUCUGUACAAAACUGCCAAUAUCAUGAAUAGAAAGGGAGAACCAUAAAGGAGGAGGAAAGCGAUGUUCAGUUACGUUCGUGUUAACCUAGAGAAACAACCUGGAGGCAGGCGCAGUCGGCCAGACCCAAUGGUGUUGCUUUGGAAGCACCCUACUUGCAUUUUGCAUUCUUCGUAUGUAAUCAUAUUGCCAAAGACAAACUAUUUCAUCAUUUAUUGUAAAUAACACUUUCCCCCAGACCUACCAUAAAGUUUCUGUGAUGUAUUGUCUUCCAGUUGCAAUAAAAAUUACUGAGUUGCAUCAAUUGAA